UCUUACGACUUCCGCCCACCAAUCGCCAUUUUGGAUUUGGAGUUGGUUUACUUUGGCGUGUUACCUUCCUCUGGCACGCUAGCGGCUUUCAUUUCUCGCAUUGGGUGGUGCUGACAUAACCGUUGUGGACGACGUCAGUUUGCAUAAGUCUGCAUGACUUGCAUCCCUUUUCUCAUCGCGUCCACCCUUCUUCCGUCGGCCCUCUGCGGAAAUCCGAGCGGUGGUGAUAACUGCAAGCUAGCUAGCUUGUAAACUAGCCGCUGAACAGAGCAUCGGCACCGGCUUCUUGAACAGAGGAAGUAUCCGCAGGCCCGCCACAUUUGUCUUUCGUCGCUCAUAGACGGGGGUUUAUCGGACGACCUGGCUUAUCACCCAGCGAGAUGUAUCAAAUCCCUGUGAACGACUUGACAAAACUGAGGAAAGCCAGGAAAAAAGUGAAAAUUGCACUUAAAGAUAUUGGACUGGAGUACUGCAAGGAGGCGGCAAAUGAGUUUAAGGAUUUUAAUCCCGGCGAGAAUGUUUUUAAUGAGACCGUGUACACCGAUAUAUGUGUCUGGCAUCCGUCGUUCUCCAAAAUACAGAACUAUCGGUCAAGGCCUUACUGCUGCAGAGAAUGUCAGUUUUCAUCCGCAACCUACGCGGGUUACAAGAAUCACUUCCGCCAUGCGCACAAGAGAUUGAUUCAGGAUAAAGUUCUUCUCAACUGUUCUCACUGCACAUUUGUCGCCAACAAGAGAACCUUGGAGAUCCAUGUUAGAGUGUUUCACAAGGACAAAUUGGACCAGCAGAUGUCGAGGAUCAAUGCAGUCAAACAGAGACAAGUGGCCGCCAACAAGUCUGGCCUCGGCACGACGAGGUCGUUGUACUUUUGCAAAAAGUGCUCCUACCGAGACAGUCUCUACAAUUCCGUGAGAAAGCACAUCUACCGGGAACAUUUUAAGCACGUCGUGGCACCGUAUCUGCGCAUGAUUCCCAAAACGUCACUUCCGAACGGCGCGUCUUUUAACGGCGACAACAUCCUGUGUAAACGCUGCAAGUUCACCACAAAGACCUACGAGUCGCUGGUGCAGCACGUCAUCGAAUACCACGAGCGCAUGGGCGCUCAGGUCACCGCCAUGAUUGGACACGCUAACGUCAUGGUUUCCAAUUUGCCCAGCAUGUCGCAGAAGUCGUCUAUGAUUCUCAACGGGGGGUCCUCUCUGGCAGUUCACGCCAAAGCACAGCCGGUCAUUGGCUACUUAAAGCCCUCGGCCCCCGUGUUCAAAAGCCAGUCUUUGGGGGCGGCCAAACAGGUCAGCGCGAAAGCCCCCUCAAGCGCUGCGGCUGAUGGCAACGUGCCUGGCGUCAACACUUCCCAGACACAGAAGUGGAAGAUAUGUACCGUGUGCAACGAGCUCUUUCCCGAGACCCUCUACAGCGCUCAUUUUGAAAGCGCGCACAAGGCGAGGAUCGUGUGGGCCAUGGCCAAGUACAUCAUGAAAAUCCACAACUUCACCAGCAAGUGUUUGCUUUGCAACCGCUACCUGCCCAGUGACACUCUGCUCAACCAUCUGCUCGUCCAUGGCAUCACUUGUCCGCAGUGCCACUCUGCUUUCCACAGUGUGGAGAAACUCCUUGAGCACGAGCGCCUGUCCCACCUGAAUGUUUUUGUGGGACCUCCCGGAUCAGCGCCGCUCACGUUCGAUCUCACCAUCAAACAAAACGUCCAGCUUCACGUUCUCACCUUUAACAUGAACGAGUCGGAGGGCAAAGACAAGACCGUCGCUCCUCUCGGCAAAGCGGCGCCUUCCCUCGCGGCGAUGAAGACGCAAGCACUCGAAAGUAUGCUCUCGACGCCGAGGGACGUGGUCGACGGCAGCAAGACGAUGUGUCCACUUUGCUGCACACCUGUGAAAGAGGCCACGCCGAACGCUUUGGCCCUUCACCUGAGGCAGCGACAUCAGGUGCUGCAGACGAUGCACCCCGUCGAAAAGAAGAUGACGUACAAGUGCAUCCAUUGCCUGGGAGUGUACACCAGCAACAUGGUAGCUUCCACCAUUACGCUACAUCUUGUCCAGUGCAGAGCGGUGGGAAGGAAGCAAGCGAGUCUAGGCACCAAGUCGCCCUUGACCCUGAACUCGGCCGGCGCGCCCCUGCUCAAGAGAACACUGCCAACGCGAAUGGCCACUUACGCCAAGAAGAUCAAACUGAGCGAAGAUUCAAUGUUUCCUUCCGCCACGGUCAAGAAGACCGGCACCGGGGACCUCGUCGUGGAUCCUAAAAACAACGAGCACAAGACAUUUGAGGCUCGUAAAAAGUUCCUCCAGUCUUACUUCAAUCAGCGACCUUAUCUUUCCCCCGCUGAAGAGAAGAAACUGUCGGCCAGCCUCUGGAUAUGGAAGUCUCACAUCUGUAAGCACUUUGCAACGAUGCAGAAAGAAUGCAGAAGCCAAUGUGAGAAGUCAAACGUGUCUGUGCUGCUUGGAUUUGACAUGCAGGCCCUCAAGAAAGUCAAACACGACAUUGACUUUCAGACCGUCCGCAUUGAAAUCACUUCAGCGGGGAGGCCGGGCCGACUCAAGUCUGGUAUUCCAAACAUGGUCCGAAGCUCUCAUCACGCGUCCUCCGUGGCGAAGAACGUGUGCACUGAGCCCAUUUUGAUUGACUCAGACAGUGAGCCAGAAAUCCAGCAGACGCCCAUUGCGAAGAGAAAUGGCGACUCGGACCUGCGCGAGAGUGAAGCUCGACAGCCAGGCGACUCGACGUUGACGGCGGAGGAGCAGCCAGGCGACUCGACGCUGACGGCGGAGGAGCAGCCGGGCGACUUGACGCAGGCGCAGGAGAACCAACCUGGCGACUCGACACAGGUGGAGGAGAAGCAACCCGGCGACUCGACGCAGGCGCAGGAGAACCAACCUGGCGACUCGACACAGGCGGAGGAGAAGCAACCCGGCGACUCGACCCAGGCGGAGGAGAAGCAAGCAUGCGAGCCGACACAAACGUUGGAGAAGUCGCAAGCUGACUCCACACUGACGGGAGAGAAACAGCAAGGUGACUCGAAAGACACGGCAGAGCAGCCACCACUCAACUCGACAGAGACAGAAGAGAACCAGCCGGCCCGCUGGACAGACGCAGGAGACAAGGAAGCAGUCAACGCAGCAGAGUCUUCGAGCGCCAAUAAAAGAUUUUUGCAAGAUGAAAAUACAAACCCGUGAUACUUAGUGCCUUGUUCAUGUUGUCUGAAAGAUCUUUCCAUUGUUGCCCGAUGAAAUGCGUGUCCCUCCAAAUUUGGUCAUUGCUGUUAUUAUAUUUAAUAAUAAAUCAUUAUUUUCUGUCUUGUUUUUUCAUUGGAGAUUCCCGCUUUUAGUUGGACAACAAUGCAAAGAAAUGUCCCACAAAUAAACGUUGUUCCAGGGUUUCAUUGUACUGUAUAUACUUUAUGUUCUUUAUUUUCCCUCCACCCACCUUAUAACCUGUCCACCUAUAAACUAGACGUGGUCUCAUUUCUCAGAUAUAUAUAUUUUUGAUCAAC